AUGAAUUCAUCCCUUUUUAUUUUCAGUGUUUUGAAAAAGCUACCUUCGAAUGUUAGAUAUGAAAAAUUGAAUAGCAUACAAAAUCUAGAAAAAUAUGAUAGUUAUUGCAAUAGGAAUAGUAUGAGAGGUCCUGAAAAAAAACAUUUAAGAGACUUAUGUACCAAAGAACUACACAAAAUUUAUAAAAAUGGUUCAUGUUAUAACAAUUACCACCAAUUUUUUAAUGAUCUCGAUGAAAUAUUGCUUCAAAUUAAUUUAAAUGAAUUAAAUAAAGUAUAUUGUGAUUUUAAGAUAGAACGUAAAAUAAUUGAAUCGAGCGAAAAAAGACUUUUACACGAUUUUUUUAAAAAUAGUAAAGCAAUUUAUGAUUGUGCUGUUUCUGGGAAGAAUUAUUGCAAAAAUACGUACUGCGAUUAUGUCGUUUACAUUAAAAAAUUAUAUGACAAGCAUAAACAUCACUGUUUAUGGGAAGAGGUGUGUGAUUAUUUUGAUUUUAAUCAGCUUAAUCCGUACGAAGUGUUAUCUAAAUUAAAAUGUAGUGGUUAUGAGAACAUAACAGAAACAACUGAUCAAGGAACUGAUUCAUUCCGUUCUCAUCCAAAAAAACAACAAACACGUACAGGAACGUUUAGACUAAUGGCAACUUCACAUGCAGGUUCUGAUGACAUGGAAUAUAAAAAUUUUAAAUGUAAUUAUACGCUAAGUAAAGAUGGAAGAAUUACUAAUUUAUCAUCCUGUACCGAAAUGUCACCAGAGCAUGAAUAUUAUGAAAAAACAUUAAGAAUUCCGAAAUUACAUGAAGAUGAUUAUUAUGAUUAUAGGAGAAGAAUUAGAAAAGAUCCUUAUGCUGUUGAUUUUAAUGACAGUACUCCCCAAGUAGAGAGCGUUUUGGGGGGUUUAAAUAUAUGGAAGACGCCUUUUUUCGUUUAUCUUUCCGCAGCACUAGUGAUCAUUUUGUUAUUUUGUUAUAAAUUUACAUCUUGGAGUAGAUGGUUUGGUAAAAAGAAAAAAAAAAAUUACGCUGAACUUUUUGAAGAAUUUAAACAGGGAACAUCUGAACAAGGUUCAAAUGAUAUGUGCAUGGAUAUGGAUAUGGGUAUGAAUAUGGGUAUGAAUAUGGAUAUGGGUAUGGAUAUGGGUAUGGAUAUGGGUAUGGGCACCGAUACGAAUUACUAUGAUGAUGGAUAUUAUGUGCCUUACUAUUCUAGGUGA